AUGGAAGAGGUGGAGGUGGGGGGUCUAAUGUCGCGAAACUGCGAGAACGCUCGCAAGGCACGGGCACGAAAAAAACUGGAGGUGCACCAGCUACAGGAGCAGGUGGAAAAGUUGAAGCAGCUCCACGCCCGCGGCAAGCUGGAAGCCAGGAAGGCGAGGGAGCUCAGCACCAGGAUGGAGGUUCUCAAGAGGCAGAAUCUCCGGACCUUCAUGAAGUUCCGCUGCAAGAACGUCAAGAACCGCGAGAAAUGGGCCGAGAUCGUUGAUGAGAGGGUCACGAUGACCCUGCCGAUCACCCCGUAUCGAUGGUUCAACGGCCGGUGCGUUUUCAACGACAGCCGGGUACUUCGAGGCAUCGAUGAUGUCAUGACGGACAACGGAAGUUUGGCCGUCCUUGUGGAGUCGUUGGGGUGCGGCACCCUCCCCUGGCGACAAGAGAUGGAGAAGGGGCACGGGCAUGGUGUAGAGCUCGUUUGCGAGAUGGCCGAUAACGACAUGCUCACCUCCCACAACACGGCGAUGUGCUCAUUCGUGCUGAGGACAACCAACGCAGUCAAGCACGGUGCCAGGCGCGAGUGGCGCUGCCGCGGCAUGCUCUCGGCGAAGUUCAUAGCUGGGUCUGCCAUGCUGGUGGCCAUAGAACACGUCUUCGAUGUCACCAGCCUCAUGCAGCAGCUCCAAAAGGUUGUCGGCGAGGAGAAGGAGAUGCCGGUCGUGCCGAACACCACCAGGGGGGCCUGCCAGCCAUCGAACGAGGCACGCGUGAUAAUGACCGCGACGCCUCCGCACACGGUGGUGUGCUGCAACCAGGCAUGGACCAAGCUAUGCGGGUACAGUCAGGAGGACAUCCGGGGGCAGACCCUGAAAGCUAUUCAGGGCCCUCGCACCGACGCUGGAGGUCUGGCGGCGCUUAAUCGCGAGAUCGAGCGCGGCCGGGCCGCUUCUGCCGUGCUGCCCAACUACAAGAGCGACGGCAGCGAGUUCCUGAACUACCUCCGUGUGUACCCGCUCGUGGGAGAUGGCCGCGGGACUGUCACACAUAUUCUCGGUGUCUUGCAGGAACAAGCGGAGCCGGGAGGUACCGACCCUCCGCAGAGCGAAGGCAAGGCGCCCGUCAGUAGCGGGGGGGCGCGGCAGCAGCAGCGGGAGCGCGAGGCAAGCGGUGCCGCACUUCCGGGGUCCGCCACCCUUUCCGCGGCUGAUGCCGCCGCUGCCACAGCUGCUGCUGCUGCUGUCGAUGCGAAAGGGCGGGAGAGUUCGUCCGCGACAAACCCAUGGAGGGGGCGACGCAGUGUCGAUUUCGGGGCCCCGUGCACACCGGAUCCGACGAUCAUGCCGCCGUCGUCGAGGUCCUCGGCAAGCGGGCUGUCUAGCACUGCCGGGGCUAGAAGAGGGGGGGAAGGCGGCGGGCGGAGCGUUGCUGGCGCGGGGAAGGGCGAAUGCGUGAUGUCUCCCGUGAAGCAGGAGCUGGGGGUUGAAGGAGGGGAUCUUGGCAAAGGGGCCGCCCCUGCCGCUGCUGCUGCCACCGGCGGCGGUGGCGGGAUUGGCGGGAUGUUGCACGGUGGCAGCUGGGCUUCGGCGACUCCCUCCGCUGGCCUCGCGGGACUAGGCCAGCAAUCCGGAGGGGUUGACGAGACAGCGUCUGUAGCUCCGCCGCACCAAAAGAAUCCAGGCGGUGUGAGCGGCCCCAAGCGAAGGUUAUCGGCAGCGGCGUCUGUCGCAUCGACUGCCAUGGACCUUUCGGCAGAUGGGAACGACUUGACCGGCGGCCAACUUGGCGGAGCGUGGCCUGUGCAGGGGGACAUGCUCUUGUCGAGGACGCCGUUGGACGCGGAGGCGGAGAUUGGGUCCACAAAUAGAGGGUUGGGGGAUGCGUGGGGUUGCGGUGGCGGCAUGCCGGGCGGCGACCUGAGGAAUACCUCUGGCCAUCUCAGCCAGUCGCUAAGCAAUUUCAGCUCUGCACCAAACGGCUUUGGCUAGGCCGUUCCCAAGAGCAGGUGUAGUGACGACAACAAACACGAAAGGCAUCAUCAUCAGCGGCAUUUGCGGCCCUAAGUACAACAAGCAUCACCACUAGAAGAAGCAGCCUAGAGGUCUGACACGAAGAACUUGAGGAUUUGUCAUACAAGUACCCUGAGGCGGCUUUCAAGAGAGGUAUGAUUGUGUCGCGGAACCUUGCACGGCGUUUAUUGGCACCCUACACUCCGUCGCCCGAGUUGUUGCUAGCGCGAAUACGAUAUGGCGAAACACCAUUUGGUCCAUAUAUUGACACGGGUUGUGCAUCUGCACGGAUCUUGGUACCACAGACAUGACAUGGGGGAAGAGGGAGAGAUAUAGUCAGUCCAGCUGUAGAUAAUACAGUGGUUGGUGGUGAUGGUGGAACCCUGCCGUUGGGCAUGAGUACGAUUGUUUUGGUCGGCUGCAGCGAUGGUCGUCAUGUGAUUUUGAACGACAGACGUCCAACUGAGAUUGCGACCAUUCUAAUUCUUGAGGUAUUUUUUAGCAGGACGCACGAUUUGUUCGAGCCAAAGCAUGCGUCUGUCUGUCUGUGUGUGUGUGUGUGUGUGUGUUUCCUUUUUUUGCGUGACACGGCGACAUUUGUACAUCGGGAGGAUUUCUUGGGAGUGUCGGCAGUAGACAAGAUGGACGCUUCUUGGAAGUGCCGGUUGGGCGCAGACGGGUUCAGGGCUUACACCGCUUUGGACGUUACAGAACAGCACACACGUGGGAUGAUUGAUGUUUGACAACACUCGGAGUCCUAGCUCGUAGGAAGGUUCUUACAGUGAACCUUUAUGGCACAUUUCAUUUCACUCUUUCGUUCGCCUUUUUUUUGGCGGAAUACCUCCAUCAUCAAUCCGGAUAGUAAAUGUCGCGAAUAUGGCAUGUUUUUGGAAACGGUGGGCAUGUGAGGGAAAAACAGGUUGCGUGGAAACGGCGCGGAUUUCCAUUCACUAGUGUAGAGUUUCAGGCAGCCGUUUCUUGGCACGAGGUCAUAUGAUACCCUUGAGGUGGCUUGGUGUGAGAACGAUGUGCCCAGUUUUACUCGUGAAUCAUGUGGUGAUGAUGACGGUCGGCGGUGGGAGCCGCUCCCUUCCAUAAUCCUGCACGAGGUUGCUGAGAGCAGUGAAGACUCUUCGUGCGGUUUCGCCCGCUGAUGAACAAGUUUCAGGUGUAACUGUAUUUUCAUUCCUCUUUUUUUGCGUUUACACUUG